CCCGACUUGCAUUCAGCCUUUCAUUUCUCAAAGCCUGAACUCAUAACAAAAAGAAGAGACACCAUGGUUGAGUGGACUGACAACGAGCGUGGUAUCAUCACCACCCUCUUCGCCAACAUGGACUACAAUGACAUCGGACCCAAGGCUCUCUGCAGAUGUCUGAUCUGCUACCCCUGGACCCAGAGGUACUUUGGCUCCUUUGGUAACCUCUACAAUGCCGAGGCCAUCAAGACCAACCCCAACGUGGCGGCACACGGUGUGAGGGUGCUGCACGGGCUGGACCGGGCCGUCAAGAACAUGGAUGACAUCAAGGGCACCUAUGCCGAGCUGAGCGUGCUCCACUCUGAGAAACUGCACGUGGAUCCCGACAACUUCAGGCUUCUGGCCGACUGCCUGACAGUGACACUUGCGGGAAAGAUGGGAACUGCUUUCACCCCCGAGAUCCAGUGCGCAUGGCAGAAGUUCAUGGCUGUUUGUGUAGCUGCACUGGGCAAGCAGUACCACUAGAUCAGCACCUGAAGACAACUCAUCACAUGACUCUGUCUCCUGAGAAACUCAAUAAAGCCUUCUGAAGCAAA